ACCUGAAAAUCGCCAAUGUUAGGCCCAGAUACAUUAGCCAGAAGCCCACAACAUUGCAACCCACAUAAUAUGCCCACCCGGUUGGCAAGUCAAAGUCGGAUCGGAUCCAGUAGGAACAUCAGCACCUUCAGCUCAUACGAAUCAGCUGAUCAACUGAGAGAGAGAGAGAGAGUGAAAAUGCAUUACUGGAUUCGAGCAUCUUCUUCCGAUUUCGCCGGAACGAUUCCACAACCUCGAAGUGGACACACUGCAGUGAACAUUGGGAAAUCGAAAGUUGUGGUGUUCGGCGGACUACUUGACAAGAAGUUCCUUAAUGACAUCACUGUCUAUGAUAUUGAAAACAAAUUGUGGUUUCAGCCAGAUUGCACAGGCAGUGGUUCUGAUGGCCAAGUGGGUCCCAGCCAACGAGCAUUCCACGUUGCUGUAUCAAUUGACUGUCAUAUGUUCAUCUUUGGUGGGAGAUCUGGCAGUAGAAGAUUAGGUGAUUUUUGGGUUCUGGAUACUGAUAUAUGGCAAUGGUCAGAGUUGACAAGUUUUGGUGACUUACCUUCUGCAAGGGAUUUCGCAGCUGCUUCAGCCAUUGGAAACAGUAAAAUUGUUAUGUAUGGUGGCUGGGAUGGUAAAAAGUGGUUGUCAGAUGUCUAUAUCUUGGACACAAUGUCUCUUGAGUGGAGGGAGUUAUCUGUUUUGGGAACUUUACCGCCACCUAGAUGUGGCCAUACCUCUACUAUGGUCGAGAAAAGAUUGCUUGUCUAUGGUGGUAGAGGAGGUGGAGGGCCAAUCAUGGCUGACUUGUGGGCUUUGAAGGGCCUAAUUGAAGAAGAGAACGAAAGCCCUGGAUGGACCCAACUGAAGCUUCCAGGUCAAGCUCCUACAGCGCGUUGUGGACAUACAGUUACAUCUGGAGGACUCCAUCUGUUGUUAUUUGGAGGGCACGGAACUGGUGGUUGGUUGAGUCGGUAUGAUGUUUACUACAAUGAUUGUGUUGUUUUAGACAGGGUCUCUGUACAGUGGAAACGCCUAGCAACUAUGAAUGAACCGCCAGCUGCACGAGCAUACCACUCGAUGACCUCCAUUGGGUCACGAUAUUUGUUGUUUGGUGGGUUCGAUGGAAAAUCAACUUAUGGUGAUCUCUGGUGGUUAGUUCCAGAAGAUGAUCCAAUUGCUAAGCGUGUAACGGCUUCUCCUCCCAAGGGCAUUCAUGAAAGUCAGGAUGCUUCAAUGACAAGUAUGGAGAAGGAGAGGCAAAUGCAAGAAGAUGCUUUGGCAGAGUUGCAGAAAAGGAUAGGAGUUUCAGUCUCCAUCUCCAAUUCCAAUAUAAAGAAAAUUGUAGAUGAGUUGGAAGAUACAGAAUUAUUAGAAUUGGCAUCUAAAUUGGUUGGAGAGGGAGCUCUCAGUAAUAAAGAGGUUGUACAAGCACUUCGUGACCAUUGGUCAAGGUCCUCGCCAAAGUCAAUUCAAUUAAAGGAGCUUAGCCCAUUACUUCGUGACUACCAGCGCAUGAUUACCCACCUUCAGAAGGAAAAGCUAAGAUCACUCUUACAAUCCUCGAAUGCUGGAUCGAUGGGGAAAGAGACUUAUAGAUUCUAUCAUAUCAGAAAUAUUAGUCAGCUACGUAUGGAUGAUAUACCACAUCUGCUAGCUGAGUACAAACAACUCGUCGUGGAUAUAGGAGCAGAUUAAAAAUUUCAAGUUCAAGAUCUUAUAUUUAAUCAUGAGCUUACCCCCUGGAAAUUAGUUGUACUAGUGUUUCUCAACUCAGAACACCCCCCCAAACACCUGGGGGAAGGGGGGUGGAUCGAGGUAAAUCCCUAUGAUUUAGCAAAGACGCGUAAAAUCUUGAAUGUACUCAUAAACUUCCUACUUUUUCUGGCAGUUUGUAAAAGUCUCUAUAUAGACUUCUAUAUUUCAUUGUUUUUGUUUGGUAAA